AAGCAUUUAAUAUCUGCAUAGAUUUAACGUUAUAAUGGCUAUUUCUGUUAGCCGCAAUAUUGUCGAUUUUUGAAGUUAUUUUCGAUCAAAACAUUAUUACCUGAUUUAAGAUCGUGCAAUGUGAGCAUGGCAUCGGUAGCAGCUUGGUUACCUUUUGCUAGAGCAGCUGCAAUUGGCUGGGUUCCAAUUGCUUCAAAUCCUCUCCCCCCUCCCCCUCAACAAGAAAAAAAUAUCAAAGACGAGAAAGUCAUCAUUAAUGUUAGCGGUCGAAGAUACGAAACGAUGAGAAGCACAUUGGAAAAAUAUCCAGACACAUUACUUGGCAGCAAUGAAAAGGAGUUCUUUUUUGACGACACGAAUGGCGAAUAUUUUUUUGAUCGGGAUCCAGACAUUUUCCGUUAUAUCUUAAACUUCUACCGUACUGGUCAUUUGCAUUAUUGCAAAUCAGAAUGUAUUAGUGCCUAUGACGAAGAACUUUCGUUUUUUGGAAUUAUGCCAGAUAUAAUGGGCGACUGCUGCUUCGAAGACUAUAGAGAUCGCAAGCGAGACAACAGUGAAAGGAUGAUGGAUGACAAGUUGUCAGAAUCGGGCGAUGGACCAACACCCGCCAAUUUUCGAGAAACAAUGUGGAGAGCAUUUGAAAACCCGCAUACCAGUACAGCUGCUUUAGUUUUUUAUUAUGUUACUGGUUUCUUUAUUGCCGUAUCAGUGCUAGCCAAUGUCGUUGAAACAAUCAGGUGCUCACCCUUUCCAGGAACAUUCACAGAUGUCCCCUGUGGAGAACGCUACGAACUCAUCUUCUUCUGUCUCGACACUGCAUGUGUAAUGAUAUUCACAGCUGAAUAUAUUUUGCGUCUUUAUGCUGCUCCUGAGAGAUGCAAAUUUAUGAGAAGCAUCAUGAGUGUAAUUGACGUUGUCGCUAUUCUUCCCUAUUAUAUUGGUUUAUUUUUAUCCGAAGAAGACAAUGAUCUCAGUGGAGCGUUUGUUACUUUACGAGUUUUCCGUGUCUUUAGAAUUUUUAAAUUUUCCAGGCAUUCUCAAGGCUUACGUAUAUUAGGCUACACACUGAAAAGCUGUGCUCGAGAAUUAGGUUUCUUGUUAUUUUCUUUAACAAUGGCUAUCAUUAUUUUUGCAACUGUUAUGUUCUAUGCCGAGAAGUCAGUCGCCAAUACCACUUUUUAUAGCAUACCAGACGCUUUCUGGUAUACUAUUGUCACCAUGACGACUCUCGGUUACGGAGACAUGGUGCCGAAGACUCCGAUGGGCAAGAUUUUCGGGGGAGUUUGCAGUCUGUGCGGAGUGCUGGUGAUAGCUCUGCCCGUGCCAGUCAUCGUGUCAAACUUCAGUCGCAUCUACCAGCAGAACCAACGAGCGGACAAACGGAAGGCCCAAAAGAAGGCGCGCAUGGCGAGAAUACGACUGGCCAAGAAUGCGAGCGGGACUGCAUUUGUGGCCAAGAAGAAAGCACUCGAGAUGCAGGGUUUGGACUUUGAGGUGGAGCUGGACAACAACACGAAUGGCUCCUCCACCAAUCUCUUCGAGACUCAGCACCAUCACCUACUUAGAUGCCUUGAAAAAGCCACCGUUCGUCAGUAUCCCAAUGGCGGCGAACUACCUGAAGAAAAAGCCACUUACCAUAGGCCACAAAGCGACGAUAAGGAUAGGAAAUUAUGUCCCGAAACAACACAAGAUGCCUCAACUGGCAACAAAACCGACAUCGUUGCCGUGGAAAAACAAACACAGCAUGACUUAAUCAGUUGUGCUCUAAAUGAGUACCCUAAAAGAUUAAGUUCUCUAAGUACAAGUAAUAUCAAUCACAGAUCAGUUGUUCAAAAUGACGAAUUUUGCUCUGAGCCUAAAAAUGAUCAUUACCUGUGCACGUGUCUCAAAUGUCUGACUGGAGACUCCUGCUGCUCUUCGAACAACAAUCAGUCCUCGUUUUCAUCCUCAUCUAGUGCCUCUCAAGAGGUCACCAAAGGGCAAAGGUCAAAUCAGGCAGCUCCAUCAUCCUUCUCCAACGCGACUGACCCAUACGAGUACUCGGCCGAGACUCAGGCCAUGGUAUCCGCACUCAAUUCCACCAACCAAUCACAACAGCCCAACGACAAAAAAAGGUAUCGCAAAAACAGCAAUAGCGACCUCAAGCUCUCCUCAAUUUCUGGAAGCAACCGGAACACCACCGACAACAACCACUCUAACAAGUCCAAUUUCAAACCUUCAAAACAGAAGCACCAGAGGGCUCGCAAAUUAAGUCAGCCAGAGAAAGAAGACUCAUCCUUCCUUGGGUCAAAUCACAGAUCAUCAUCGCCCCCCUCUAGAAAACCCUCCGCCCCCGUAUACCUCACUGGCAAUGCAUCAUGUUCCGACGGAGCUUCCGAGCUAGACAACGUCGGAGGUUUUAGUCCCGCAAUGUUGUCGAAAAGCAGAUUGAAUGCGACGAUUGGUGCGGCAACUUCAAACGACUUCAUACCCGAAGAGAGCUCGGAUUAUGAAGACGACUCGACACAACAGAACAUAUCAGAACUAUGAACACAAUUUUACAAGCUAGCAGAAAACUAAUUGCUCAAUUCGUAUUAUUUAACAAUGAACAAUUGCUUGACCUUUAAAUUUGUAUUCUUUGUCUUUAAAAGAAGCUUUCCAUGCUUGAGGUCCUAACCGAAAUAAAAUCAGUUCUCUGCCCCUAUCCCAAGUUCCAUGUUUGAACAUCUUGCGCAUUAGGCUUCUCCGAUGCAGACUAAUUAGUAAAUCAUGACAUUAAAUCAGUUCUUCUGUUAUCACACGAAAUCGAUUCCAACCCAAUGAAGACCAAAAUGCUUUGCGUACCUCACAAGUUCUACAACUUAGUUGUUCAAUCUUUUUUUUGCAGUAGAUUAAUGCUACAGUGCAAUAAUUUCGUGCAAUAACUGCAGUCUAUUUUCUCUACUCUUGGCAAUCGCCACAAAUCUCAUCAAAUAUUGAUCAUAUUUUUUAUUCAGAAGCUAAAAUUAACUCAUAUACCAAACUUGUAGAAAUAAGGUACCAACUUGUUUACAAUUUAUGAGUGCAAAUUUAAUCCCGCAUUCAUCUUUGAUAAAUUGUUUAGAGAAAACGACAAUUGCGUAAACAAUAAUGGUAUUAUCAUUACGUAACCUGUUUUGCAAUGGGACCCCUGUUUUGCAAUGACCUCAUUUUAACUUAUAUUUCCAAUGUAUUAAUUUUCGAUUUCGAAUUUAAAAAUUUAUGAUAAUAUUCAAAUUACUAUUUAAUUUCACGUAUUUUGCUACGA